CAAUCAUCCAGGCGAAACCAGUCCGAGACAGUCGACUUCGUAGCCAUCACCGAUAUCAUCAUCGACUCACCUCGCACCACUCUGGAUACGAAUUUUUACAUGUCGGAAGUCUGACACGGACAUAUUAUACCCAACACGGCCGCGAUCCGUCCACCACAUCGUCAUCAACCCCUCUUUCCCACCUUCCUUUGCCCCUUCAUCGCUCACACAUGGCUCCAAGAUCCGCUAGCGGAGGACGGGGCGCCGCGGCCAGUACGGCCGUCGCCUCCUCGUCCAAUUCACAAGCAUCGACCUCAAAGUCGACCAUCAAUCCACUCAUGGAGCUGAAUCUCCUACAGCACAUCAAUGGCAUCAGACAAGUACCCAAUUUCGUCGCAUUUGACAUCUUCGCGCAGUCGACGGGGGCAGACUGGAUGGAGGGAAUGCUAGCCCAAGCCAAGGACAUCCGGAGACAGUGGUCUACCGAAUACAUUGCUAGCAGCCGCGAUCAGCGAGGCGCUCAAGCCGCCAGGAUCGCUGGUGAGAUGCUCAAAACACCCUCACGAAAGCGAGCCGCCAAUGUACGCGCUCAGGGUCGGGCAGUGUCGCGCAAGCUGCCGAAAGAAAUUGCCUCUGAUCCAUUCAAUGAUGCUGAAAACAAGGAAAAUGCUUCUGUCCAACACGUCAAGGCCUCCGCCCCGGCUGAGCCAGUGGCCGAUGCCUCGAGCCAUAGCGUAGGCGCGGCCAGAGGUACGCGUAGUCGUGCCGACAAGGCGCAGAUCGCAAAGCUGCCCAAUCCCUUCCAGACUAAACUACUGCAGGCGAAGGCAAAGGCAGAACAGUCGCGUGAAGCUGUCGAAACAACUCCUCCUGCCUUGCCCGAAUCGAAAGCAGCCCAUGAAGUCGAAUUGGCUGCUGCUAAGAUCGAAGCUGAACCCGCCCCACAAGUCAAGAGCAAGGAGAAAGCGAAAGCGCCUCCUAAGUUGACGAAGAAGCAGCUGGCGGAGCAGAAGAAGAAGGAAGUCGCUGCUGCCUCGAAGACGAGCGCAAGUGAAAAGGAGUCUGACCAAAGCCCUCCUGCGACACAACCAAAGGGCAGAGGCAAGGCGAAAGCGAAGGCAAAGGUGGUAGAGGCGGAGGUCGUGCCCGAGCCUGCAGCGACAGCGGAAGCUGCACCGCUUCCGUCAUCACCACCUUCUCCCAUUGUAGCGGACGAGAGUAUGCAGGUGGACAUGACCUUUGCCGAGGGCCCAAUGACCGAGCAGCCUCGAGCCUCGACUCCUACCGGGAAGAAGAACACUGGCAAGCUGCUAGACAGGAUGCUGGCAGAGGAAGGCAUUGCACCGAUUCAAGAUGACGAGCAGGAUUCCGAUGAGAGCUACUCUUCGGCGGAAGAGAACAAGGACGCGCCUCCCGCAGAGAGUGUCACAAAGACAAUAGAGAUGACCCAGUCGACAAGAGACGGAAGCUCAGGUUCUUUGCUGUCAUCGUCCAAUAGCGGCAGCAGCGUAGGUGCUACUACAACUGCACCCACGCCUGCCCCUCCUCCUAAGCAAAAGAGAACGCUAGCAUCUUUUGGCGGCUCCAAAAAGUCACUCGGCUACGGACUACAGUCUCAUAAUUCGAGCACCCCAGCAAAUGCUGGCUUCAAGAGUAGCUUCCUGAACAAGAGUCUGCGCAAAGCCCAGACCACAGGAUCAUCGGGCAGCAACGGUGUCGAGGGUGAAGAGGAAGAUAGCGACGAGGACGACUCGAUGGUCGGCACCAAGGCGAAUACUGAAGCCAAUGCAGCUGCAAUGCUUGGAGUCAAGGCGCCCUCGCAAAGAGAGGUUGCGAAACCACUUGCGGCAAAGCCAUCAGUGAGCGCUGCCUUGCCAGAGCGUUCUGCCGGCUCGAAGCGCAAGAGUGAGGAGAUGAACCAAGAUGGAGAUGAGGCGGGCCAGGCCGAAGCGGCAACGCGACCGCCCGCGCCGAAGCUUGCCCGCACCUUGUCAGACCGCAGCGAGAAGGACCUGACCCAGGCUUCCGGCUUUGCCAAGACCACAAACGCAUCGGCCUCAAAGACUCAGCCAGCGAAGCUCCCUACGACUUCAAAUCUUCUCCGUACAAAGCUCGAGUCUGCUCGCCUCCAGAAAUCAACAAACACGAGCGUGGUAGGACUCGGAGCAAGGGGCCUCUCGAGCCCCAUCCUUGGCCGAGCUGCUGCCCCAUCAUUUGCUGCUCCUGCGGAGGCAGCUGCCGUUUCCUCUCCUGCAACGAGCGCUGCUAAGCCUCCUCGCCCCAGUGGGCCAAGCGUUGCCUCACUUCGCGGACAGUGGGAAGCCAAGGCUCAGCCGACUCGCACAUCGCCCAGGAAGUCAAAUCCCCCAGAGAGCCAGAGCAACCCUCCCCCUGCUUCCACGACUCCGCUCAACUCUCCUGUCAAAGAAAAUCGCAAAGCCGCGCCUGCUGCCUCUUCUGGAAUGCCUGGCGUGACGGAGGAACAGACCCGAACGAAGGCGCUUGUCGAUGAGGACAAGGCGGUCGAAGCUCAGCUUGGUAUAGCAUCCCCAUCUUCAGCAGCCAAAGACGUACUUUCUUCUCCUAAGCUGUCACAGCUGGCAGCCGACGAGGAUGACGAUGAGACUUCGCUCCUGAAGGACGACGAGGGUGAUGCCGACGAUGAGUCAGACGACAAAGACGAGGACGGCAAGACGACCAAAGUCAUGCGACCUUUGAGCGCUGCUGCUCAGACGACACAUUCUCAGAGCCGUGCAACGAGCUCAGAGGGCAAUUCAGCUCAGAAUACAAAGAGCGCAAUCUACUUCAGCGGCAACAACGACUCUGGAGAUACGUACGGCGAUGAUGACGAAUUCACGCUCGAGGAGCUGGAGGGCAAAAAGGCGCCAGGCGCGGCAUCAGCAACCUCGUCUGCUGCCUCGACAGCAGUCAUCAAGCCUGCUACUGGUACCACGGCGGCGCCCAAUGCAGCCAAGGCAGGCGAAGGUGCUCCAGGAGCGUCGCAAUGGGGUCACAAGCUCAAGUCCUUGUUCAAUAUCAACGGUGCCGCUCUACCUGGCGUGAUCGGUGCCAGUGGUCCCACACCAGGCACUGGUUUCCAACCUAAGACGAGCCGUACUCUGUCUGGCUCUGUGUCAGCACAGAAAGACGUCACUAUUUCCACAGCACCUCGAGAACCACAUGCUGCUCCUGCACUGGGAGCCUCCACCCUUGGCGGAGGGGUAGGCAAGCCGGCAAGCGUCAUACGCGCUGACCAACUUCGCCGCAAGGAAGCAGAGGAAGCGGAGCGCCGGCUAAAAGAGCAGGAAGAGAAGCGCAAACAGGCAAUGGCGAAUAGAGCCGCUGCGCAGAAGGCGAAGCUUGAAGAAGAGCGCGAGAAGGAGAGGAAGAAGCGGUCGAGGGAAGAAGAGGAGCGGGCUUCCAAGGCUUCCUCAUCCCAGACUCAGCGACCAGGACAGCAGCAGCAAGGAGGAGGUAGCACUCUGGGUCAGCCUGCAAAGGCUCGUCUGAUGGGCCAGUAUGGGGCUGCCUCGACCAAUGCUGGAUCUGCCCCUAGCGCGAAGCUCAAGAGCUCGGUGGCUCCAACAAACGCGAAUGGGGGCGUUCCUGGCGAUGCUGACGGCAAGAAGCGCCGUCUGUCGAAGGAGAGGGACGAAGGGACUUUGCCAAGGCAACAGGCUGCCUCGACCCUCAACGGAGCUGCAAAGGGCGUAUCGGGUAAUUCGAGUAUCCGACCAAUCAGCAGCGUGUCCUCUUCUGUUGCUCAAAACGGUCAGCCUCGGCCAUUGAAGCCAGCGAUGAAUGGCCCGACUCGCCCUCAACAGCAGACCGGACCCUCGCGUCCAGGAAUGGCUCAUCAAAACUCGAACUUCUCCCAGCAGAAUCCCUUCCAACAGUCACAGAGACCUGGCGGCGCAGGCCCCUCGCAACAGCCUGCUCGACCAGCUGCAUCUGCCCAGCAGCAGCAGCACCGAGUGCAGCCGGUCCCACCGUCGCCUUUGCCACAACAGCUGGAUGAUGACGACCUGUCGUUGCCGAGUAUCGUCUCGGAGUACUCGGACUCCGAGGAUGAAGCGACUCAGGCCCGUCGUGCACGAGCUGCAGUGUGGACCAAGGGUGAUGCUCUGCAGCAGGCUCUAGCGGCGCAGCAAGCAGUGGACGCGGACCUAAUUUUUGGUAUUCCUCAGGGCACAGUUGAUCUGGAGACGCUGAUGCCCCCAGAGUCGGCUGCUGCUAGAGCUCGCAUAGGCAGGCCCAGGAGCUCUAGUGCAAAUUGGAGCGGAGCAGACGGUCUGAAGCAGUGGGAAAUUGACUCGUACAAUGAGAGGAUGAACAUCGGAGGGCCGGGCUAUCGACUACCUGCUCGCUCCGGACCUGCAGCAGCAUCAGCUGCAGGUGCUCCUGCCGCAAACGGUAGGCUGGGUCCCAAUGGACAGGAUGCUCGCCGGACCGUCUUGGCCCUUGGCGCUGCUGCUGCUGCUCGUCAUCAGCAGCAACAACAGCAAGGGAGUCAUCAUCGCCCCUGAUGCCCAGGUAAAGCGGUGUCUUCUGUCGCGGCUUUUCCGGUCCAGAUUGGAGUCCAGCUUCGGAGAUUGCAUGUUGCUUCUGUCUGGGUUGAAUGCUGAGGUUUCCAAUCACUCCCCCACCCCUUCUUCAUCUACCGUUGUGCGGAGUGGACAUUUCCCCUGCUGUGCUUUAGUCUUCUGUGGUUUGCAUGCCGAAUCAGGUGCUACGCCCUUUGCCACAUGUCCUCGCAAUUCACACCUCCUGCAUAUAUCUCCCACCAUGUAACUCCCGACUCCGUCUUCGGCAAUUACAUGUGUACCCCUCG